GCUUGAAAUUUCCACUCGCCUGCCCACCAAUGGCGAGCGGAAAUGAUGGUGGGGGCGAGUGUGUCCCCCAGGUCCGUCUUGCUGAGCAGGCUCGGAGCUCAGGCAGGAUCUCUCAUUGGCAAUGGGAGCCGCCAGACUGCUCAAUAGCUGAGCGCAGAGAGAAAGCAAAGCAAGGAGUGUGUGUUGUGCUCUCUGCCUCCCCCUAGAGUGCAGUACCCGGAUCUGUGAGUGAACAACAAAGUACUGCAACUUUUUAUGGGGGGGGGGAAGGGGGUACGUGUACGUGUGUGUGUGUGUCUGUGUAUGCAUGUACAAUUGUACGUGUCUGUGUGUAUGUACAUGUGUGUAUCUGUACAUGUGUCUGCAUGUAUGUGCAUGUCUGUGUGUGUGUACAUGUGUGUGUGUGCAUGCAUGUACGUGUGUGUGUGUGUGUGUACAUGUACGUACAUGUGUCUGCAUGUCUGUGUGUAUGUACAUGUAUCUGUGUGUAUGCGUGUCUGUACGUAACUGUGUGUGUAUAUACGUGUGUGUGUGCACGCACAUGUGUCUGUGCGUGUGUGUACAUGUUUCUGUGUGUGUAUGUACAUGACUGUGUGUGUGUGUGUGUAUAGGUGUCUCCGAUUGUGUGUGUUUGUUGGUGGC